ACGCUUCCCUUUUCCGCUUCCGCCUCGAGGCCCCGACGACGACGACGACGACGACGCUCGCUCUUGCGCCUGCGCAAAUGUUCGAUGCUUGCCCGCCCGCCCGCCCGCAAUCCCGCCCGCGCGCGCGCCAGUCACAGAGGAGAGGAUCGGAGCGGAGCGCCAGAGGGCCAGAGACGUUGCGCGGAGACGUUGUUGGCGGACGCUGACCGGUGGAGUUUGAAUCGGGUAUCGACAGUUGCGCUCCGGAGUGAUCGAGCGAGCUCGAAUUGGGCCCGGAGGUCUCUGGAAGCUCGGCCUGCUCGGCCCCCGCGAGGAGGGACUGACAGGCGAGACGAGACAUCGAUAACGAAGCAGAGGAGGAGGAGGUGUUGAUGCGGUGGUUGAUUUCGGGGUAUGAUGGUCGAUCGAGCAAUUGAGGGCUGUGAGUCUGACGCUAGGACGGCUCGCGUGGCACCGUGGUGAAUUUGGUGUGGAUGAUUCGAGCAGAGCUCGCACAAGACGGCGAGGGAUUGAUUGCAUGCAGGACUUGUCGACUGCGCGAUUGCGUCGGAGCUCGAGGCGGUGAAGAGCCGGAUAUAGAGUACGGGUUUCAGGAACGGGGGACUCGGCGGUAGAUUAGGCGGAGAUUAGUGUAACCUCGAUGGUGAACGGAGGUGCUUACUUGUUGGUCUCGGACCGGCCUUUCUUGCGCGGAUCUGGCCGUUGCCUAGACCUGUCACCUGCUGUUCGUAAUUCUCCUAUCUUGAGAUUCCGAGGAUCAGAAAUUCGACGACGUUACUGUCAGCCUACGAUUUGUAAAUUAAAGAAAGGCGACGAUUUGCUAGGAAAUUCGAAACUUGCUAGGAAAUCGAAGAGGAAGGGAGUCGAUUUGUCCGAGGCCAGAACUUUGCAGCAAUUGCAAUCUUCUGACUCCAUUUAUGCUUCUUCGGUUCGAGGAUUUUCAACCAAAUCUGUAGCAUCUCCUGCAUCGGAGAUGGAAAUGGUGGCAGAAGAAGAUAUGGAAGCGGAUGAUGACGACGAACUUAGCGUUUAUAGAGGUUUAGUCCUUGAUAUGGCAUACAGACCCAUCAAUGUGGUGAACUGGAAGCGGGCAUUGUGCCUUGACAUCCUUGAGAAGGCGGAUGUGCUUGAGUAUUAUGACCAAGUUAUUUAUUCUCCCAACAGAGCUUUUUUUAUUCCUGCUGUCUUAAAAAUUUGUAACUUUGUCCAUUCCCCCGGGCAAAAGAUGGUGAAGCUUACUCUCAAUCGAAGUAAUGUGUUUAUGCGGGACAAAUUUUGUUGCCAGUAUUGCACUUCUCGUGAAAAUUUGACCAUCGAUCAUGUCCAAGCAGCUUCAAGGGGUGGAGGCUGGACGUGGGACAACCUUGUCACAGCCUGUUCAAAGUGCAACUUGAAGAAAGCGGACAAGACAUUAGAAGAAGCUCGCAUGAAACUGAUCAAGCCGCCAAAGGAACCCAAGGCGCUGCAUAGCAAGAGCUUACCACCAAAUUACAAGACCUUUAGAUCACUGACUCUCAACAAGUACACACCCGCAGAGUGGCGCGAUUAUCUCCCGAGAGGUUAUCCAUCAUUCUAAUUUCGUAUUGCAGGAGAUCUAAAGUGCACAUGAAUCUUAUGAAAACUCAGCACAAAGCGUUCUGCCGGAGCAAGCCUUGGCAGUGUAGUGCUGAGAACUAUGUGCUUUGUACAUAUCAAGCCAAUCCGGAAGGUCUGGUGCAAAUGUAAAGUUAUCCAUUUGGUAAUUAAGUGCCGGUGACACGCUUCACAGGCAAAAGUACGCGCAC